AUGUACAAAAGUGAGAAAGUCAAAAUAAUAAAUGCUUGGCUGUCUAUGCAGCUUUUAAAUACUACGACAAGUACAACAGAGGAAGAGCAUGAAGAAUAUGGUACUUCACGCGAGGACACUGAAGAUGAUGUUAAUUCAUAUGAGGACACUAAUGAGGAUACUGAAGAUUUGGAUAGCGACGAAGAAACUGACAUUGUUACUCAUGAAAUAGGAAUUACUGAUAGUUGUAGAUUCAUGUUUGUUGGUUUGUCAUACCCUAGUAUCGUACCAGAUCACAGGUUUACUGCCAGUUCAUAUCAUGAUGUCCGUUAUAAGCCAAGCUUUGCAAGACUAUCAACAUCUAGUAAAGCCUGGGGACCACUAACAACGUCUGGUGCAUGGUUACAGAUAGACCUCGGUUCAGUGGUGUUUGUGUGUGCAGUAGCUACACAAGGUGCUGGGGCUCUUAAUGAUGAGUGGAUAGAAUCAUUCAAAAUAAAAGUGUCCUUGGAUAAUGUGAACUGGGAUUAUUACCAGGAAAAUAAUAUUAACAAGACAUUUACUGGUAACACAAAUAAAGACCAUGUUAGGACAAACAGUCUUAGUCAUCCUAUCAAGGCCAAGUUUAUACGAAUGUGUCCAUCAACAUUUAAUUCUUGGCCAUCCUUGAGAAUGGAGAUCUAUGGGAUAUCAUCUACUUGCAGUUCUCCCUUUGGACUUGAGGCACCUGGCGUCAUCCAAGACAGCCAGAUGACGUCAUCGUCUCAUAUUGACAACAACCAUACUGCAUCACAUGGUCGCCUCUAUGGAAGUAGUUCAUGGUGUAGUGGCAACUCAAAUGACACUCAGUACAUACAGAUUAACCUGGGGAAAGUGAUGACAGUGACAGGUAUAGCAACACAGGGUGACCACACCAUGGAUAACUGGGUGAAGACCUACACUAUCAGUUACAGUAUGGAUGGUAAUCUGUGGAACACCUACAAAGCUGGGGGCAACAAUGAUAAGAUGUUGCAAGGCAAUAGUGACAAGGAGAAUGUAAGGAUGCAAUGGCUGAGUCAUACACUGACAGCCAGGCAUGUUCGAGUUACGCCUCAGACAUGGAAUACUACUAUAUGUAUGAGACUAGAACUGUAUGGAUGUGACUAUGGUAAGUACAGACAUGAAAUACUGCUAUAUGUAUGA